AGGGACCCUCCAAACACCAGCGCUGGAAACCUUUUGAAAAUGACUCAGUUAAAUGUAGGUGCUCUUCAGAUCUUGGCCUGCAAGCUUUUGAAGUUCAUGAGUAUUUGAUAUUCGCAGUGACCUCAAGAGGGCGCAGAUACUCUGUAGUUGAAGGUGCUGCGUUAAAAGUUCCAUGGUACCCAAAAGUGUGUUACCUGAUAGACCAGCUGGACAUGUUACCAAUGUGUUGACAUUUAGUGCCAUGCUGAAAAAGUCCUGGAAGCAACGUUCAUGGAUGUUGUAGUUUAGCCUGCCAGAUGGGUGAGUUACUCAUAAUUGAGGAAAAGAACUACAAAUGACAUGUGCCCCUAAACUGCCCUGUGGCUUCUGCUCCCUACUGUUGUGAGUCUUGCCAGUGCAAUUGGCUCAUGCUGUCACUGCGAGUCGUUGGCAGAGUAAGAAACGGGUUGAGGGACUGGGGAUUCAGCUCAGCGGCAUAAGCGCCUGCCUUGCAGGCAGGCAGUCAUGAGUUCAAUCCCUGGUACCCAUAAAAACGAAAAAGACAAUUUAAAUAAACGGGUUGAGUGGGGCCGGCCAGCAACUAAUGCCAGGUCCAGUUCUGGGUUCUCAAGUAAGGGCCCGCGGUCAUCAGCCUACUGCAGUCUUCCAAAAACGAGAAUAUUGAGGCCAUGAGAAGGCCCUGGUGUACCUCCCUGGAGUCUGGGCCCCUGGUUUUGUUCUAGAAGUUGCCUCCAUCGUCACCGCUGCAGACUGGACCCAAAAGAACGUGGGCCGACCGGCACCGCAGUAAACCCCGUUCCCUCUAAUGGGACUAGUCAGGUUCUGUGCUUUAGCAAACAUCACUUAGGCGUCCACACGUUUUGUCGCAAGGAAAGUGAACCCCCAGCAAAGCUAACAAGCCACAGCGCUCACCGGAAAAAACCGCCUCUGCCAAAGUGGCCGCUGAGCCGGAAUUCUGGUGGGCGGUGCUACGUACGUCAUCAUUCGGCGCCGGGAUCCUGGGGAGCAGGCGUGCUAAGCGACCAUGCUGAGCCGGCUCCAGGAACUACGCAAGGAGGAGGAGACGCUGCUCCGGCUGAAGGCAGCCCUCCACGACCAGCUGAACCGCCUCAAGGUGAACCCGCCACCUUCCCUUGGACUUGCGCGACCGUCUCCCACGAACCCUGCCCUCCGGCGCGCUUGCUUCCCCGCUGCCGCUGCCUCCGAACUCGCCCGUCCCUCGCGGCCCCUAUCUGUUGAAGAAUUGGCCCUCCGGUCAAUGAUCAGCUCUACAGGGGAUGAUGGGAAGGUGUCUUCUCACCCGGCACCUGAACAGACACAGGAUGUGUUGGUGCAUGUUGACAAUGAAGCAUCCAUCAACCAGACGGCGCUGGAGUUGAGCAUGCGGCCAAAUAUGAUGGAGGAAGAGGAGGAAGAAGAGGAGGAAUCAGAUUCCUGACUGGGACAGGAGUCUGAAUUAAUUACGGAAAUUCAAUUUCAGGGUCACAGACACUUUCUUCAUAGAGAUCACCCUGCAUGGGCCUUCAGCCUACUUGAGAAGAACUAUGGGAGGAGGUGUGUGUUCAGACAGCUUCAGAGUGGCAUGUGUGACUCAAUGACAGAAUCUGGGCUGAGACUGCAGCUCCCUGGUAAGCGCCUACCUCACAUGUGUGAGGCUUGGGUUCAGUCCCUGGCAUUGAGGAGAAACUGGUGUGGGAAAGGAGAGAUAUGCUGUCUUAACACACAGCCAUUCGAUAGUACAGUGUAAUCUGGUGAGAUUCAGUGUUGCUUGUCACAGACAAAUGUCUUCUGAAAUACAACUGAGGAAGUCUGGCACUUGGAAAAAGAAGGGCUGGGCUGAAAAACAAACUGGCUUCCCAGGAAUAAUGCCUGUAUUAAGAAAAGCAGUCAAGGCCAGGGAUAUAGCUCAGCUGCACAGCACCUGCCUGGCAAGCACCACGGCGAAAGUUCAAUUCCUGGUACUGAAAAAAAAAAAAAAGAAAAAAACCAAGUGAGUUAGGGGGCACAGGCUGCCACCCCCACUCCUGACACACUGCUCCUAUGCUGCACAACCCGUGCUGGAAAAAGGUGCUUAAAUGAAUUACCGGUCAGCAGCUGUCCCGGAGCUUGCCGGCUUCCAGACACAGAGCAGCAAUUCUUCCUCCGAGUAUAACAGAAGGCUGCAGACCCACUUCUGACACAGGAGAAAUGUGCCAUUAAAGAAUAGAUGCAAAAAAAAAUAGAUGCCUAUGGAUGAGAGGUUGAGUUUUUGUAAUAAAGAGAUGACAGCUAUAAAGGAA